AUGGCAACAACCAUCAUGAUUGACCUGCCACGAGAACAUCCAGCCAAUGGCGUCUACAUCCAGAAACCAAGAUCGAAGGUUAUGUCUAAACACAUUCCAGGUGAAUGUCACCCAAAUCCAACCACAACCACCUCGAUUCACUCCGGAAAACUGGUGGUACGUAGGGCAACAAACCACGGUGUUAUGCCUGCCACGCGUCCAACCUCAAUUUCAGAAGAAUUAUGUAAUCUACGUGUUUGCUUGACCAAGUACCGUGGAGCAGCAGUCAGUUUCUUCACCUCCGCACUAGUUACAGGUUCGUUUAUGUUGAAAAUCAGUCAUCGAGGUAUAAAAGAGAAGGAGGUGGAGGAAGAAAGGGAGGAAAUGGAUUUGGAGGAGAAGGAGGAUGUGGUGGAGAAGAAGGAUGAAUAUAAUGCAUUUACAGACAGGAAGUUGAUACUUGACAGCGUUGGAACGAAACAUUUAUAA